AUGAUGCAGCCAGGACCCGGCAUGGCUCCUCCCACUAUGGGGCAGCAACCACCGCAACAGUACCAGCAACAGCCGCCGCCUCAGCAACAACCCUACGUCAUGAUGCCGCCGCAGCCCCAGGCGCCGCCACCGAUGUGGGCCCCCUCCUCCCAGCCUUCGCCGCAGCAGCAGCCCGCCAGCGCUGACGAGGUCCGGACCCUUUGGAUCGGCGAUUUGCAGUACUGGAUGGACGAGAACUAUCUCUACACCUGCUUUGCACCUACUGGCGAGGUUACAUCUGUUAAAGUGAUUCGAAACAAGCAAACUAGUCAAUCGGAAGGUUAUGGGUUUAUUGAGUUUAAUAAUCGUGCUGCAGCUGAGAGAAUUCUUCAAACAUAUAAUGGGGCUAUAAUGCCGAAUGGGGGGCAGAGUUUCAGGUUGAAUUGGGCAAGUUUUAGUGCCGGUGAGAGGCGUCAUGAUGAUUCUCCAGAUUACACCAUAUUUGUUGGUGACUUGGCUGCAGAUGUGACCGAUUACCUGCUUCAAGAGACCUUUAGGGCUCGUUUCAACUCAGUGAAGGGCGCAAAAGUUGUUAUUGAUAGGCUAACUGGUCGGACCAAGGGGUAUGGCUUUGUUAGAUUUGCAGAUGAGAGUGAACAAGUGAGGGCUAUGACUGAGAUGCAAGGGGUUCUUUGCUCAACAAGACCCAUGAGAAUUGGGCCAGCCAGUAAUAAAACCCCUGCUGCUCAGCCUAAAGCUUCUUCAUAUCAGAAUUCUCAAUCUCAAGGCACCCAGAACGAAAACGAUCCUAAUAAUACAACUAUUUUUGUGGGCAAUUUGGAUGCUAAUGUCACUGAUGAUCAUCUGAGGCAAGUUUUUAGUCAGUAUGGAGAAUUAGUUCAUGUGAAGAUUCCUGCUGGCAAGCGAUGUGGUUUUGUCCAAUUUGCUGACAGGAGCUGUGCUGAAGAGGCACUUCGGAUGUUAAAUGGAACACUAUUGGGUGGACAAAACGUUCGUCUUUCAUGGGGACGCAGUCCUUCUAACAAACAGGCUCAGGGUGAUCCAAACCAGUGGAAUGGUGGCGGUGGAUAUUAUGGGUAUGCACAAGGGUAUGAAAACUAUGGUUAUGCUCCUUCUGGACAGGAUCCCAACGUGUAUGGCAGUUAUCCGGGGUAUCCUGGUUACCAACCACCACAGCAACAGCAGCAAAUAGGAUAUAGUUGA